AUGGCGUUUAUUAAAGAGGAGAGUGAAGAUGUGAAGAUUGAAGAAACAUUCACAGUCAAACAGGAAGAUCUGCAGGAAAAAACAGAUCUGAUGGUGCUGAAAGAAGAGACUCAUGGACAGAAUGAAAUAGAUGAGAAACAGCAGUUUAUGAAACCCCAAGAAAUAACGACUGAUGAAAAACCCACACUGACUAAAAAGACUUCAUCACACGGAAGACCUCGGAAAUCCAAAUCUGGGUGUAAUUUCAGCUGUAAACAGUGUAGAAAGAGUUUCAGCCAGAAGUCAAACCUUGAUGUUCACAUGAGAGUUCACACUAGGGAGCAACCAUACACCUGCGAACAGUGUGGAAAGAGUUUUGGUCAAAUACAAAGCUUUAAAGCCCACAUGAGAAUUCACACUGGAGAGGGAAAGUUCACAUGCCAAGAGUGUGGAAAAAGCUUUUAUCAAGCUGGAAACUUUGCAGCACACAUGAGAAUUCACACUGGGGAGAAGCCUUUCAGCUGUAAACAGUGUGGAAAGAGUUUCAGUCAAAAGUCAAACCUUGAUGUUCACAUGAGAGUUCACACUAGGGAGCAACCUUACACCUGCGAACAGUGUGGAAAGAGUUUUAGUCAAAAACAAAGCUUUAAAACCCACAUGAGAAUUCACACUGGAGAGAAGCCUUUCAGCUGUAAGCAGUGUGGAAAGAGUUUCUGUCAAAAGCCAAACCUUGAUGUUCACAUGAGAGUUCACACAAGGGAGAAACCUUACACCUGCGAACAGUGUGGAAAGAGUUUUGGUCACAAACAAGACCUUGACAUCCACAUGAGGAUUCACACUGGAGAGAAACCUUACACAUGCACAGAGUGUGGUAAAAGUUUCCCACAUAUAAGCUCACUUAAACACCACAUGAUAACUCACACCAGAGAGAAGCCGUUUACAUGUGCUCAGUGUGGAAAGAGCUUCACAACCAAAACUAGCCUCAAGAACCACAUGAAUGGUCACACUGGAACCCUAGUGUUCACAUGUGAUCAGUGUGGAAAGAGUCUCAAACGGAAAGACACCAUAAAGAAACAUAUGAAGAUUCACUCAAGAGAGGAUCGUUUUAGAUGCAGUGAGUGUGGAAAGGGCUUUAAAAGUAAAAGAAGCCUCAACACUCACAUGAAGCUUCACAAUGCAGAGCAGAGUCCUCAACAUUGAGGCCUUGUCCAAACAAACACGGGUAUAUUCAAAACGGCUGCUUUUUCACAUAGUUUGGCUGUUCAUUCAAGUGAAGUUUAUUUAUAAACUACUUUCGAGAGGAUCACAUGCUUAUGAUUGUCCACGGCUGGUCCAGCAUUAGCUAAAACAUGAUUCACCAAUCAGAUGAUUCCUGACUCACUAUAGAUAACCAGAACACAAAGCUGCAGUCACAAUAGAGUUUGAGAUUGUGAAAUUCUGUCGUACGGUGCUGUUAAAAGGGGCGGGAUCAAACAAGAUUUUUAGAAAUUAAAAAAGUGAGAAAUUGCUCCAUGGUUUAAACUUCUGUCCAGAGAGGUCAUGUUUUGAUCCUCGAUUGGUCUCACGCAGUCAAGUGAUGCGAUUUCGCAGGUCAGAGUUCACCAAGCAUGAACUUUGCACCUCAGCAACCGGCGAAACUUGACGCAUGACCCUGUUUCUAGUCUGACGCAUUCGCGUGCGUAUGAAUGGAAGUCUAUGGGAGGAAAAGCCCAGUGUGACCGUAGCUUAACUCAGUUAUCCUUGUCUUGCAGAAUCCCUCUCCCACCCUUACUCCCCCUCCUUUCUAGAUUGGGCAACACGGCAGCCAAUGAUUAGCCAGUGGUUAGCACUGUUGCCUCACAGUAAGAAUGUCGCAGGUUAAAGUCCCUGCUAACCAGUUGACUUUUUGUGCAGAGUUUGCUCAUUCUCCCUGUGCUCGCGUGGAUUUCCCCUGGUUUUCUCCCACAGUCCAAAAACACACAACCUAAGUAAACUGAACAUUAAAUUGGCACCAUAGUCGAGCUCUUAGUAAGCCUUAUAUUUCCCUUUAGCCGACCCUAUAUCUGUCAUUAGAAUAGAAAGAAGUCUGGGGAGUUCAUCGAGAUCUACCUGAGCUUAAACUCCCCUCUCGUCCUGCUUACGGGAUGGAGCCCAGGGCUCGAGGAUCUUAUGAGCUUAGGUCUCUCCCGGGAUAGCAUGCCAAACAAGUGUGAACUCUUGAAUACAUAUCAAGUUACUGAUAAUGAAACCCUUUGAACACCUGAAAAUUUAAACUCAACUGAAGAGGGGUAAAGACUUUGCCAGCUGUUUUGUCAUGUAGAUCAGGGGUCACAGCCCAGUACCAGGUUGUGAGAGUUGCUAUCGGGCUGCAAGAAGACAAAAUAACUCUGCAUGUUGAUAGAUUGUAUUGGCUUGUUUCAUAUGCGACAAGUAUCUACUUCUGAUAAGAUGUGAACCAAAUGACCAACAGGAACUCAAGAGAUGUGACUCAACCAAAGCAGUUGGGUAAUCUGCAGGGGGGUUUCAUGCUUUAGUAUAAAUUAGUGUCUCACAGACAGUACUUUGGUUUAAGUUACUUGACGAUGGACAAGUUAACAUCACUGCUGAUGAACUGCACAAUUAAUUGUCUUCAAUAAAGUCUUCUCCUCGUAA